CUUCACCAGGCUGGAAGGGGGCGCGCGCGCGCGUACACACACACACACACACACCUCGACGCUGCUGAGGUUGAAAAACAUGUGACACAAUUGCUAAUCAACGACAAACAGGAGGGAAGAGACAGACAGGCAGACAGGAGGGGACAGACAGACAGCUGCUUGGAUUACAGAUGUGAAUCUCGGGCGCCUCCAGACAUGAACAAGUGAAGCCAGAGUGAACGUUACUGACAUUCGGUGGAGCCGUGAGAUGGUGGUUUCUAAAAACAACAAAGCUGAGCAGACAGAAGCGCCUCCCCCUCCUCCUCCCCCCUCCUCACCCAUCCAUCCAUCCGCGCUUCCUCUCCUCCUCGGCUGGUGCUGCUGCUGGACGGAGCAGGCGGCAGAACGCCAGAACCGGAGCUUCCGUCGGAUGGACCUUGCCGCGAGUGGGACCGGAGCAGAGAGACAGUGACCGAGGCAGCUGCGGCAGCUCCUCUCUCUCUCUCCUGUGACUGGACAUGACCGCUCUCCCAGGAGCCAGGAGCCGCUAGAAUCCUCCAGAUGGACUCACUGGGAGCGGAGCGCCGCCGGACAGAGGGCUGGCGAGAGCGCGGCGUGGUGCAGAGCUUCAGCUUCGACUCAUCCCAGCUGGAGGAGGAGGAGGAGACCAGCAAGAAUGGGGCGGAGCCAGGCGUGCUGGCUCUGUGCCAACCAGACCUGCAGGAGCCUGUCCCCGAGGACCGAUACCAUGGCGUCUACUUCGCCAUGCUCCUGGCCGGCGUGGGCUUCCUGCUGCCCUACAACAGCUUCAUCACCGGCGUGGACUACCUGCACCACAAGUUUGAAGGCUCCUCCAUCGUCUUCGACAUGAGCUUGACCUACAUCCUGGUGGCUCUGCUGGCCGUGGUCCUCAACAACGUACUGGUGGAGCGCCUCAGCAUGCACACCAGGAUCACAGUGGGCUACCUCCUGGCACUGGGGCCCCUGGUGUUCGUGGGCGUCUUCGACAUCUGGCUGGAGAAGUUCAACAGGAGUCAGGCCUACAUCAGCGACCUGGUCUCGGUGGGGGUGGUGGCCUUCGGCUGCACAGUGCAACAGUCCAGUUUCUACGGCUACAUGGGGAUGCUGCCCAAGAGGUACACACAGGGGGUGAUGACCGGAGAGAGUACGGCUGGCGUCAUCAUCUCUCUGUCUCGCAUCUUCACCAAGCUGCUGAUCAAAGACGAGAGGAGGAACACGCUCAUCUUCUUCCUCAUCUCCAUCAGCAUGGAGAUGCUCUGCUUCCUGCUGCACCUGCUGGUGCGCCGCUCGCGCUUUGUGCGCUACUACACCAGCCAUGCCCCGGGCCGGAGCUGCCCCAGAGGUCACGACCCGCGAGAGCCCGGGACCGGGUACCGGGUCCACCACGACGUCUCUGCUGAGGAGGUCAAAUUUGGCAACGGGGCCACACCCUCCACUGGAGAAGAAGGGGCCGAGGACUUCGCGGGCGGGACCUAUGUGAGGUUUGACGCUCCCAAGGCCAGUAUCAGGCGGAGCUGGCCGGGGGUCCGAGACAUGAUCCUGCACCGAUACGUGGUGGCCCGGGUCAUCUGGGCCUACAUGCUCUCCAUCGCAGUCACCUAUAGCAUCACCCUCUGCUUGUUCCCCGGACUGGAGUCGGAGAUAUGGAACCCCACGCUGGGAGAGUGGCUGCCCAUCCUCAUCAUGGCCACCUUCAACAUGUCCGACUUCGUGGGCAAGAUUCUGGCGGCGCUGCCCUACGACUGGUCCGGGGGCCACCUGCUCCUCGCCUCCUGCCUGCGGGUGGUCUUCAUCCCGCUCUUCGUCAUGUGCGUGUACCCGUCCGCUGCCCCCACCCUGUCUCACCCCGCCUGGCCGUGCCUCUUCUCUCUCCUGAUGGGCGUCACCAACGGGUAUUUCGGGUCGGUGCCGAUGAUCCAGGCAGCAGGGAAGCUUCCGCCAGAGCAGCGAGAGCUGGCUGGCAACACCAUGACUGUCUCCUACAUGACGGGCCUGAUGUUCGGCUCGGUCGUGGCCUACGCCGCCUACAGCUUCACCGCCCACGGACACAGGCCGCACUUCCCUUGUCUCGCCAACGGCACGGAGCACUGAAGCGGCUGGCGGUGUGUGGAGGGCAGGCAGACAUGUAGCAGGCCUCCGCGGCCUCCCGACAUUUGCAUGUGUCACUCGCUUCUCUAUUCACCCAGCAGAGCUGAAAUAAGUGAAACAAUGUGCCAAAAAUGACUGACUCCCUUUCCUGAACUUCGCCUGGGUUCCUUCCGAGCAUCGCUGCUGUUGGUGUUGAACACCUGCAGGAGGUGAAGGCCAAGCGUAGGUCCGACACUGUGACAAGAUCUGUGAAUGUACCUUCAGAGAUUUGACCCUUUUGACCCCGUCUCUCGGCCCAUGGUUUGUCAGUGUAUCAGCCAGAUCUGCACACUUUGGUUUUUAGUCUCUCGUUGAUCCUUUUUCUAACCCAAGUCUGUGUCAUGUUCGACCCCAUUGUAUCACACAGUUGAAUUCCAACUGUUUAAUCGCCUUAUUUUCCAUUCUUGGGUGUGUUGUGUUUCUCUUAUUUACUGUGUUUGACAAGUUUGUUCAAUUAGAAAGUAAAGAAAUGUCGACAUUCACGUCAUUUUUCAUUCAUUAUUGUCAAGUUCAAACACACACUCACACUCAUUUACUCAUUGUGCGGGAAAAGAAUGAGUGAACGGUGAGUGAACACAGUCAUGUCCGAGGAGCAGAGGAAGUGACGACACUCUGCGGCUGGUGAAGGUCUUCGCAGGUAUCCAGCAGAUGGCGCUGUUCCACUUCGUAAACCACUUGCGCCUCGUCCGGUCAAGUCCAACCAAAACGGCACAGAAUUUCCGUUCAUAAAUGGGUGCACGGCUUCGUGACGUCACACUCCAUCUUCACGUUUCUUCGUCUUCAUUGAAUCGCAUCCAUGUCUGGGCCCAAUAUAUUUAAGAGCUUCUGGGUGAAAAUAUUGUUCACCAUCUCAGUUAUUUUUAUUUGCAUCUUUAUUA